AUGCGCGCAUCUCUAGUCAACCAGCUCAGGGUGCUCGUACCCGUCAAGAGGACCAUCGACUAUGCCGUCAAGAUUCGUGUCGCAUCCGACGGCAAGGGUGUCGAUCAAAAUGUCAAGUUCAGCAUGAACCCGUUCGAUGAAAUCGCAGUAGAGGAGGCUGUUCGCCUGCGUGAAAAGUACAAGGACGCCAUCACCAAGAUCACGGUUGUAUCCGUGGGACCACCCAAGACCGCCGAUGUGCUCCGAACUGCUCUCGCUAUGGGCGCCGACGACGCCAUCCACGUUGAAGUGCCCGACAAAGCCGUCGCCAACCCUCUGGAGCCACUGGGCGUAUCCAAGAUUCUCAACGAGAUCGUCAAGAGGGCAGGCGAGGAGGAGGAAGUCGGGCUGAUCAUCAUGGGCAAACAGGCCAUCGACGACGACGCCUCGCAAACCGGACAGAUGCUCGCAGGUCUGCUCAACUGGCCCCAAGCCACAUACGCCAGCAAGCUCGAAUUCCCAUCGGGCAAGCCAGAGAAGGGUGCAGAGGCCCAAGUGACACGAGAAAUCGACGGCGGUCUCGGCAUCGUCAAGACCAAACUUCCCUUCGUCAUGACCACGGAUCUUCGACUCAACGAGCCACGCUACGCAUCGCUGCCCAACAUCAUGAAGGCCAAGAAGAAGCCGUUCAAGAAGUACUCGCUCAAGGAUCUGGGUCUGGAGGACCAGGUCAAGCCUCGACAGGAGAUUCUCAAGGUCGCCGAGCCUCCCAAGCGCGAGGGAGGUGCCAAGGUGGAGAACGUUGACGAGCUGAUCUCCAAGCUCAAGGAGGCCGGACGCAUCUGA